GCGCUGCCGUCGCAUCGCUGCAAUUUUUCAUCGAUUCGGCACCAUGGCGGCUGCAAGGAGUACACGUUCCCAUGAAAAUCCCUCGAAUACCAUCAGUUACGUGCAGUGCGAUGGAUUGGCGGUGAUGAAAAUGGUGAAGCACUGCCACGAGGAGUCCAUGAGCAACAUGGAGGUGGCUCAGGGCGCCCUCCUCGGUCUGGUAGUUGAUCAAGUGCUGGAAAUCACCAAUUGCUUCCCUUUCUCCAACAAUGAAGACAAUAUGGAUGAGGAUGACUAUCAAGUCACGAUGAUGCGUCGCCUCCGGCGCGUCAACGUGGACUACUUCCAUGUGGGCUGGUACCAGAGUGCCGACGUGGGGAAUUUCCUCUCGCUGCCGAUGCUCGAGUCGCAGUAUCACUACCAAACAAGUAUUGAGGAGUCCGUCGUGGUGAUUUAUGACACCCAGAAGUCCGCUCGUGGCUUUCUCACGCUCAAGGCGUACAGAUUGACGCCGCAAGCGAUUGCCAUGUACAAGGACGAGAACUUCACCCCAGAGGCUCUGCGGGCGCUGAAGAUCAGCUACGAGAAUCUCUUCACGGAGGUGCCGCUGGUCAUUCGCAACUCUCCACUGACCAACAUUAUGAUGAUGGAGCUCACCGAGCUGGUGCCCGAGGAGGACGGCACGCACUUCCUUGACCUGGGCACGGCUUCGGUGCUGGAGAACCACCUGCGUUGCCUCAUGGAUCGCGUGGACGAGCUCAACCAGGAGGCGACCAAGUUCAACAAGCAUCUGCAGCAGGUGAAUCGCCAGGACCAGGAGCGGCAUCGUGUACUGACGAAGCACGCGCAGGAGAAUGCUGCUCGCAUCGCGAAGGGAGAGCCGCCACUGCCCGAGGAGGACAUCAACAAGAUGUUUAGGCCAAUAACGGUGCCGCCGCGACUAAAUCCCAUGAUUGUGUCCGGCCAGAUUAACACCUAUGCGCAGCAUAUCUCGCAGUUCUGCUCGCAAUCGCUGGCCAAGCUGUACAUGACUCAGGCCCUGCAGACCGCCAAGGAGAGCAAGCAAAACUGAUGAAGAUUAAAAUAGAUGGAUCUUUUCUCAAAAGUA